AUCUAAAUCCAAUACCAUUUUCUUUUACUAAUUAAUUACCUGUACGUAUGUUUUUGGUUAAUGUUGCAUAGCCUUUUUGCUCGCUCCUCAAUCCAAUCUUUCUUUCGACAAAGCCUCCUCAUGCCCAGUAUCUCUUGCUCAAUUUAACACAAAUCUGAUACAAUAUUUUUGUUCUAAUUUUCCAUUUCUUUUUGACAGUCUGUGUUUUUGUUGCCCUUCAGAUUUGGUUGAUCCUUUUCCUCCAAAUUUCUUGAUUUCCCAGAUCCAGUUCCGUUAAACAAACUUGGUUUCAGCUUAAAUGCUUUAAUUAGCAUUGAAGUUUAAUUCUUUUUGAAGUUAGGGUUUGAAGCGAAAUAGAAAAUAGUUCAAAAAUUGGAUUUUUUUUUUUUUUUUUGUUUAGAUUUGACAAUUUGGUUCUGGUUAUUUGGUUGGUGGCAUAUUUCUAGGUUUUGGUGAUAUGGGUAUUGAAGAUUUUAGUUUGAAGAAUAUUUUGGUCGCAUUCUUGUAACUUCUGGUGAUCUGGGUAUUGAAGAUUUUAGUUGAAUUUUGGUUUAAAGAAUUGAGUUGCGGCAGUUUUGUAGUUUUGACUGAUCUGGUAUUUUAAAAGUGGUGGUUGAAGAAAUGUUCUAUGGUGCAGUUGUAUGGGAUCCCUGGCUAAUCGUUGCCCAAAUUGUUUGUCUUCAAUGCCUAUACUAUACCAGUCUUGGUGUAUUUUUAUCCAUUUUCGUUGGCACUCGGGCAUCGCGGAUGAGUCUUGUGUAUUUCUUUGACUUUGCUACCAUCACUGCCUCUACGGUCACCGGUUGGUGUGUCAUUGCUUCGAUUCUGCUGGCCUCGGUUGCUGGGGCUGGAUAUAUGCUUUAUAUAGUUGAGAGGGCAAAGAAGUGCUUAGAUUUUUCAGCAACUCUGUACAUCAUCCAUCUUUUUAUAUGCAUCACAUAUGGGGGUUGGCCCUCCUCAAUCACGUGGUGGGUUGUUAAUGGCACUGGACUUGCAGUGAUGGCUUUGCUAGGUGAAUAUCUAUGCAUUAGACGUGAACUGCGAGAGAUUCCUAUAACACGCUACAGAGCAAAUGUUUAAAUCACAAGGACAACUCAAUAUGCAGAACAAUUUUCUUCUGGGAUUGCAGCAGCAGUUUCUUCACUGCUUUCGAAGGAGCAAAGCUCAUUAGAUACCAAUCUAAUCUGUGAC